AUGGCGACUCAAUCUCUUCCUUCCACCCCGAAAGCGACACCUCCCCUGGCUCCUCCCACCCCAGAGGGUAACCUGACCCCUGGAAAAUGGCGACACCCUCAGCUCGAUGAGAUCGUCCGGCGCCAAAAUGCAGCUACGUUUGAUCAGAAAAACGUGAAGAAGCUGGUUUGGAACAGUGCAGCUUUGGCAAUGAGCUGGACAUUUGGAUCUACCUUCAAAAACUAUUCACGCCAAAUUUUUGAUACCAACCAUUUGUAUCAAGAAAUCCCGUUAUUCAUCCUCCAGCUCUUCUUCGUUUUCAAUAUCCUAGUGGCACUCUAUCCCCUCUUCCGGCCAAAGGACGACCUCUCCGACAUUCCUCUUACCCCCACCCAACGCUCACUUCUUGGCUUGGAUCCUGCCGUCACACCACCAGCAACCCCUGGGACAACAUAUGUUACCCCACCCAGAUACCGACUUUCCACUUCACGUAAGGCCAGUCCUGCAAGCAGACAGAGCUCGCCUAUGUCCGCAAAUGCAAGCUUUUCUGAGCGACGCUCUUCUAUCGGCACACCCUUCUCGCCUGCCUCCAGCCCUCUUCUUUAUAAAGCAAUGUCAAAUGGGGCAAUGUCAAAUGGGGCAAUGUCAAAUGGAGGCAGAGAAUCUGUUCAACGCCAGAGCUUUGGGUCCCAGAGCUUUGGAUCUUCUGCAUCCCCCCUGGCUCGAAGUAACUCCUUUGGAGAGUCGACCUCGAGCAUGGGCCCAAGUACGCCUUCUCCGCUCAUGGGCAAACGGGGAAAUUUGGGAGUCAAGAACAAGUGGCUAUAUGAGAGGAGCCGGCGGCUUUCGGCCAGCGGAGGAACUCUCUGA